CCAGUCCGAUGGGGUUUAUUCGAGUGCUUGUGAUCAUAGUGUUUUCACAGAUGGCCCGCCGGACAAGUUUUCAAUGAAUAUUCUAGGUCUUUACAGUCAAAUGCCCAAAUUCACGGCAAUUAUGGAUAUAAUUCGUUUGUUAUGGAUAAUACGAAUUGUGUGGGCUGUUGAAGAUGUGUUGAUGGACUCCACGACAGCGACGGCAGAGCUGGGCUGGACGAUAUAUCCAUCACUGGGGUGGGAGGAAGUGAGUGGCUACGACGAGAAGAUGAACACCAUUCGCACCUACCAGGUGUGCAACGUCUUCAACGCCAACCAGAACAACUGGGUGCGCACCAAAUACAUCCAGCGACGAGGAGCCCAGCGCAUCCACGUGGAGAUGAAGUUCUCUGUGCGAGACUGCAGCAGCAUCCCGAACGUCACCGGCUCUUGCAAGGAGACUUUUAAUCUCUAUUACUUCGAGUCUGACAAGGACGUAGCCUCCAAGGUGUAUCCCGCCUGGAUGGAGAACCCUUGGAUCAAGGUGGACACCAUUGCUGCCGAUGAGAGUUUCUCUCAGGUGGACCUGGGAGGCCGUGUGAUGAAGAUUAACACGGAAGUGCGCAGCUUCGGACCGGUGUCCCAUAAAGGCUUCUACUUGGCCUUCCAGGAUUACGGAGCUUGCAUGUCACUCAUCGCCGUGAAGGUUUUCUAUCGCAAAUGCCCCAGAGUUAUUCGGAACGGGGCCAUCUUUGAGGAGACCUUGUCAGGUGCGGAGAGCACCUCUCUGGUGUCUGCCCGGGGCAGUUGUGUACCUAAUGGAGAGGAAGUGGAUGUUCCCAUUAAACUGUACUGCAAUGGAGAUGGGGAGUGGCUGGUACCUAUCGGACGUUGUGUGUGCAAGGCCGGGUAUGAGUCUGUGGACAACGGGACUGUGUGUAGAGCAUGUCCAUUUGGGUCCUUCAAAGCAUCUCAAGGGGACCAGCAGUGUCUCCAGUGUCCCAUCAACAGCCGCACCACCAGCGAGGGAGCAACCAACUGUGUGUGCCGCAGCGGAUACUACCGGGCAGACUCUGACCCUUUACAGAUGCCCUGUACCACGGUUCCGUCCGCACCCCUGAGAGUGAUUUCUAGCGUGAACGAGACUUCCCUGCGGCUGGAGUGGGAUCCGCCGAAAGAGAGCGGGGGCCGAGAGGACGUGGUCUAUAACAUCAUCUGCAAGAGCUGCGGUUCGGGUCGAGGGGCCUGCACUCGCUGUGGUGAUAAUGUGCAGUUCGUGCCCCGCCAACUGGGCCUGACCCACCCCCGGGUCCACAUCAGCGACCUGCUGGCCCACACGCAGUACACCUUUGAGAUCCAGGCUGUGAAUGGAGUGUCUGACCAGAGUCCCUUUUCACCUCAGUUCACCGCUGUCAACAUCACCACCAACCAGGCUGCUCCAUCUGCUGUGUCAAUCAUGCAUCAGGUCAGUCGAACUGUGGACAGUAUCACAUUGUCGUGGUCCCAACCGGACCAGCCCAAUGGAGUCAUUUUGGACUAUGAGCUGCAAUAUUACGAGAAGAAUAUAGCAGAUUCGAACUCCUCUCUACUGCGGAGUCAGACUAAUACAGCAGUUAUCCGGGGCCUGAAGCAGGGGACCAUCUACGUUUUCCAGGUGCGGGCCAGAACAGUGGCGGGCUUUGGACGUCUAAGUGGGAAGAUGUACUUCCAAACAAUGACUGAAGAGGAGUACAACUCCAGCCUGCAGGAGAAGCUGCCCCUCAUAAUCGGCUCUGCUGCUGCUGGCGUUGUUUUUCUCAUCGCUGUGGUUGUGCUCAUUAUCGUCUGCAAUCGGAGAGGCAGUGAGAGGACAGAAUCUGAAUACACGGACAAGCUUCAGCAUUACACCAGCGGUCACAUGUCUCCAGGAAUGAAGAUCUACAUCGAUCCUUUCACUUAUGAGGAUCCCAAUGAAGCAGUCCGCGAGUUUGCCAAAGAAAUAGACGUGACCUGUGUGAAAAUCGAGCAAGUCAUUGGUGCAGGUGAGUUUGGAGAGGUAUGCAGCGGUAAUCUCAGGCUUCCUGGGAAGAGGGAGAUUCUGGUGGCCAUAAAGACUCUGAAAUCAGGCUACACGGAGAAGCAGCGGCGGGACUUCCUCAGCGAAGCCAGCAUAAUGGGGCAGUUUGACCAUCCCAACAUCAUCCACCUGGAAGGAGUGGUGACCAAGAGCACUCCGGUGAUGAUCAUCACCGAAUUCAUGGAAAACGGAUCACUGGACUCCUUCCUUCGGCAAAACGAUGGCCAGUUCACUGUCAUCCAGUUGGUUGGCAUGCUGCGAGGCAUCGCAGCUGGAAUGAAGUACCUUUGCGACAUGAACUACGUACAUCGCGAUCUGGCUGCCCGCAACAUCCUGGUCAACAGCAAUCUAGUCUGCAAAGUAUCCGAUUUUGGGCUUUCUCGCUUUUUGGAAGAUGACACAUCAGAUCCUACAUACACAAGUGCCCUGGGAGGGAAAAUUCCAAUACGAUGGACCGCUCCCGAGGCCAUUCAAUACAGGAAGUUCACGUCCUCGAGUGAUGUGUGGAGCUAUGGCAUCGUAAUGUGGGAGGUCAUGUCCUACGGAGAGCGACCUUACUGGGACAUGAGCAAUCAAGAUGUAAUAAACGCUAUCGAGCAGGAUUAUAGGUUACCUCCUCCUAUGGACUGUCCAAAUGCACUGCACCAACUAAUGUUGGACUGCUGGCAGAAGGACAGAAACAACCGUCCGAAAUUCAAUCAGAUUGUUAACACUCUGGAUAAGAUGAUCCGUAAUCCUGGCAGCCUGAAGGCCACCACUCCUCUCUCUUCAGGCGUACAUCUACCUCUGCUGGACCGCAGCACACCAGACUUCUCCAGCUUCAGCACAGUGGAUGAAUGGCUGGACGCCAUCAAAAUGGGCCAGUACAAAGAGAACUUUGCCAAUGAAGACCUCACUACCUUUGAAGCCGUGUCUCAGAUGACUAUGGAUGACAUUCUGAGGGUGGGAGUCACACUAGCAGGCCACCAGAAGAAGAUUCUCAACAGUGUGCAGAUGAUGCGAGCCCAAAUGAACCAGAUCCAGUCAGUGGAGGUUUGAUUCUUGCGAGUAGAGGAUGGGACCAGCCUGUGCACACCAGACCCUGAGGACCUUCCACAGAAAGACGCGUCCAGAGCCCAGCAGUAGUCACUUUCUCUGGGGAUGAUCAAGAACAGAUCCCCUGAGACCGCUUAUGGUCUCGAUACAGCACCAGCACAUUGAAGGCAAGCUGUAGUCUUUGCAGUGGCCAAAAUUAUCCAUAAAUUCGUUCUGGCUGCAUUUACAUGCAAGUUUUUGUUCCAGUAUUAUCUCUGACUUCGCAGCAUUUCCAAUAAACCACACAUGUAAGGUGACGGCCUCGUUAUAUAUACCCUUUGCAUAAAAAAACAAUCGCCUUUUGUAUGUAAAUGUUUUGCUCUAAGCAGCUUUCUGUAUUGCUACAUUAUGAAAUGUGCUGUCGAUCACCUGCUACGUGUUUUUUGCUAAAGUUCUGAACUCAACGAAUGAAAGUAUUUUUGAGCACCUUCUGGGUCCAUUAAAAAUGCAUUUACAAAGUGCACCCUUUAAAAUACGUUAGAUUAUGUCACAGCUCUCAGAAUAAGAAUAAAACGCAGCCACCUUUUUAUGAUGGCGUUAUAUUGGGUGUAAAAUUAAUCAGAGCGCUUCCAUAUGCAGAAUAUAAGGCUUGAAAAGGUUUUUCAUGCAUGUAAAUGUAGCCACUUACACAUUAUUUUGGCUGUUAGUUUUUCGGGUAAAUCUGUAAUCUCAUUAAAUGAGAUUAAAUCAGAUUUUGAUUAUAUAUAGCCCUUUUGAUAUGAUUUGGUUCUCAACUGUAUUCACUAGAAAUGUAUUGACAGGAUCAUUUAAUAUUUCAACUUUUGUUUUGGAGUGCAUCUGUAAUGGACUAUGGACUAAAAGCAAGAAAAAAGGAGAAACAAUUAUACAUGCGUGAUCACAUGUAUGAUGAGGAAUGAUCCGUGUGAUGGAUCUUGCGCUGGCAGAUUUUGCCAAUAUGAGGACUAUUAUAGAACUAUGUGAAUAGUAGGCAAAGCAACCAGUACUGGUUCAGUAUGUUUUUUUGGUUUAGUUUUUUUUUUUUUUUUUUUUUUUUUGUACAAAGUAAUGUGAUAUUUUUUAUUUCCUUAAUGAGUUUUAUUUAUUUGUUUUAUACUUUUUAACACCAUUACUUACCAAUUAACCAUAUAAUCAUGCACCGGUGUUGUACUGCAGAUGUUCUUGUCACAUAUCGCAAGCACUUCCUGUGCUGAUUUCCUCACAGAGCCUGCCGACAGAAUAUAAUAGAGGUGCAUGCCAGAUUUAAUUUUAUGUUUACUUUCUAUCCCGAUAGUAAGUGUCCCUUAGUGUUCAUAUUUUCAUCAGAUGUCAUGUUUUGAAAAGUUUUUCCCCCAUGUUUUUAACAAUUUCUUGUAUUUAUGUAUAUGUAUAUGUAUACAUAUAUAAUUAUGUGUGUAUAUAUAUAUACAUGCUGGCACUUCGCAAAUAGGGUACAAUUUGUUAUCCAAUGACUUUUUUUUUAAGCAUUAGAGGCACUAAUCCCAUGUUUUAUGUCGUAAUAAGGAUUAGAUGUUUGACAAGCUAUUAUCUAACAUAAGAUUAGCAUCAGUAGCUAGUUUUGAACACUUUAAAUGUCCCGGUCUCCUACUUGAAAUCUGGAUUUGGCCGGUCCAGCUUCAUUUUCGGGCCUUAUUUUGUACCCCGUUUGUAGAAGUCUUGCUGUCCACAUGAACUUGAAGCAUUGCACACACAAAAAGCAGCUUGCGGAAAGAGGGAAACCUAAAGACACACUAGAAAAGACUGCUUUUGCUGAAAGAUAUGUUUUAUGAAUUAUGAAUUUUAACAUCAAUAUGCUCUCUUAUUUGUAUAGUCUUGUGCAGUUUAUCUGAUUUUCAAUGGUGUGGCAAAUGUCAUUUUGACAGUAUGAGCUUGAGUGAAAAGGCUUGACUGACCAUACUUUUUUUUUUUUUUUUUUUUUUUUUUUUUAAUAUAUCUUUGACAUGUUUGACACAUUAAACUUCAUGACAUAUUCAUCAUUACUGUAAAGUACUUUGCAAAAUACAUGCUUGCUUGUUUGUUGUUUUCAGUAUAUACGGUGUUGGUUAAUAAGCAGUUUUAGUCUGUUGCUCUUCCUGGAGCACGGCACAUUUGUAACCCAAAAUAGUUGUUGAGUUGACACUUUGACACUGUGACGCUGUCUCUCUAAAGUGAAUGUGCUUCCUAUCAACUUGUUGACUGGUCUUCCAUGUUUAAACAAUUUACACUUGUAUAGAAAAACUUUCAUAAUAGGUCUGAUUCUCACAUAUUUUUGUUUCGCUCGCUCUCUCUCACACAGCGCUAACGCCUAUUUUACCAACCUUUACUCGUUUCCCUCCCCAAGCAUACUUUUAAUGUGAGACAGGCUGCUUUGUUCUUUGUAAAAGCUUUGCCUGACAAACUCAUAACUGUUAAUGGUUAGGUGCUGCAAUAUUUAGAUAAAUAUGCCCAUAUCUAUAUUCCAUGCUUUCAUUUUACAUUAAAAAGCAUUUUUCAGAGUUUUGGGCAGCAUUCUAUAGUAAAAUGUAAACUGAAAGUGCAAUGUUUUGUUAACGAAAUAAUUUAUUAUUGCAAAACUGUUUCUUUGCCUUUUAAUUGAAAUUUCAACAAUUCACAAAAGCACCAGGAAUUAACUUCAUAAAGGGAAUUAAAAAAAAAUAAUUUCAGGCUCAGUGAACUGUCUUUGUGAUUAAUUUUUUUUAUAUAUCAUUACUAUAACCACAGAACAAAAAGUUGUAUGAAAAGAAUGUACAUAUGUUAAUAUAUUAGAAAAUACCUUUAUGUAUUACUUUUUUAUUUUAACCAUUUUUAUUUGUAAUGUGGCCAUUUAUUUCCAUUUCACCAUCUAUUUGAUAAAAGAUAAAUUUCUUUGUGGUAAACAUAUGACCGUGGAUUAGGCCAUUUACACGCAUACAAUAGUAUGCACACACUUUCGUUGGUAUUAACCCGUCGUACGCGCACACACACACUGUACUGUCCACCAUGACCACUGUGAGUGAAGCAGGAGGCUCUGGAUUUUGUAUAAAUGUACAUUUACUGUAACCCUGUGAAUGAUGUUACAGUUAAAUAAUUUGUAGUAUUGCUAUUGGUUUAUUUUCUAUGAAAGAACAUUUGUGGCCCAUUAUGUUUUUCUUCAAUAAAAUAUGGAGCAAGGGUCAGA